AUGCUGUGGUACUGUCGGUGCCUGCAACAUGCUCUGCAGGCGCUCAAUCCGGAUGCAGUGCUGGCAGUAUCAUUCCUGGGCUGCUGGUAUUUGAGGGAAGCAGUGACUCCCAUGGACAUCCUGCGCUGGGCCAGCGAUGGCCGCCUGCCCGUCCUCAGCCUGCCACCCCUCUCUGCAAAGCUCCUGCAGUCUGCCCAGGAAGCUGAUUGCACCCUGCCUCCAGCUCUGCUGCACCCCACAGGUGUCAUGGGCGUGCAGGAGUUGGUGGCAAUGGCAGGGCAGAUUGGCAGCAGGCUGAAGCUGCGGCUGCCACCUGUCAACGCCGGUGCCCUGAUCCACAGAUAUGUGCAGGACCUGGCAUUGCCAGAGGAGAUGGCCCCUGUGGCGCUGCGGCUGUUUGACAUCUACCAGUCAGGCUCUCCCCAGGUGUGGCUGCAGGAUGAUGUGUUCCUGCACCCCUACGCCCACCUCAUGGCCAUCCUGCUCGUCACCCUCAAGCUGUGCUGCCAGCUGGACAUCCCAGGGGAAGCGACAGGGCAGAGCCCUGAUUGGCAGGCAUGGGCCAGAGCUGUAGUGCAGCAGUCGCCCGGGCCCCAUGCAUACCCUGCCACAGCUCUACAGGCGGCAGCAAUGAGCGAUAAGGGAUUUUCAACGUACAUGGAUUACCUGCGUUCAAAUGUGUUUAGGGACACGAGCAUUCCUGAGGGCCUCGCUGAUAUUGUCAAGGCUAUCAAGCAGCGAGCAGGCCUUGAACGCAAGCCAGACAGCGCAGGCAGGGAGCCUGUCAGUGAUCACAGCGGUGACAGCACACGGCAAAUACCCACGAUAGGUACGCCUGUACGCCUGAUCCUUUGGCACGAGCCGCAGAAGCAGUCCGCAGAAGGUUUCCACAGGAAGCGCUAG